AUGUCGCGGAAAAGGCGUCGAACAUUUAAUAUAGGCAGGGAAUGGAGUACUGACUGGAAGUUUUACGCUGUUAAUUUGCAAGCACAAAAAACUCUUAGGAGGCUGAACUUCUCAGUGAGCUUGAUUUUAGCAGAAGCCUGUAAAGCACUUAUUGAGGACAAGGUGUCCUUCUGAAGGAAAAUGUCAUUCAGAGAACCCAACUGCACAGAGUACAUCACACAGAACUACUGCAUCACCUGCGCCCUCACAGCCGAGGAUGCCGCCUGCUCCCUUGCCUACCUAAUGACAUUGCACAAAGAGUUCGAGACCUUCGAGUUUUUCUUCAGGGAGCUAUUCAUGCUCCAGAAAGUCUACCGUGUUCAUAUGGAUGCCAUUCAAGGAGCCAUUUCCCUUCCCGCAGGCAGCUGCUUUCUCAGUGCCUCCUUCAUUUCCUGGGCAAAGAGGGUGAUCUAGGGAAGCAUCUCUCACCUGUGGACUGACCUUCACUGCAUGAGAGACCUGCUUGGCCUUGGCCAUGCCCUGGUGCUACUCAACUCCUGUGGUCAGGACCUCUCCUUGAAGCACAACAGGGAGAUCAUCCAGCUGCUGAAGGGCUUUGGGGGCAAGAACAUCACACCCAGGGUGCUUCCACCUCCCCAGGUCACCACCUGCACCAAAUAUGUGCACAGGGAGCAAUUUUACUCUUCCUUUUCUUUCAUGCUGUGGACAUUUGUGUGCAAAUGUCCUCUGACCGUCUGUUUUGGCUCUGUGUCUGUGGCCAUCACCUGAUUCUUUGUGGGGUUCGUGCUGCAGGACCAGCAUCUUCUCCAUCUGCUGGCAUGGCCUGAGGACACCAACAGCCCUGAAGGGCACUUCUGGGUAACACCCUGCAGGAUUCCAGCACAUGAUGGGGAGGUGGAAGUGGUGAAGUGGAUUGAUAUGGAAGAGACCCAUGGAGGUUGUCAUGCAUCAGCAGCUGGAGAGAGGAAGGAGAACCUUUUUGGAGGAACAGCCCUGCAGACAGCAAGAAGAUCCACGCUGGAGCAGCCUGUUCCUGAAGGACUGCACCCCGUGGAAGGACCUACGCUGUGGCAGUUCGUGCAGAACUGUCGCCCGUGGGAGGGACCCCACGCUAGAGCACGGCAAGAGUGCGAGGAGGGAGCAACAGCGCAGAAGAAGCGCUAUGGCUCGACCGCAACCUCCACUUGCACCCCUUGGCAGUGCGGGGCGAGGUCGAGCCUGGGAGGAAAAGGGGCGUCAAUCAAGCAAAUCCUUUCGGAGCCGAGGCAGCACCGCCACCGCUCUGCCGCCGGUGCGGGCCCUCCCCGGGUGCCGUCACGGGCGGCGGGCGGGACCUCCGGGAGGCGGCCCCGGGGCGGCCGGGCGGGCACGGACGGAGGGAGGGCGGCCCAAGGUCGGCGCUGA